CAACUCUUCCUGUCAAACCAAUUAAUGUGAAGUUUUGGGGAAGAAAAGAUAUCCUUCCUCCUGUUGUGGAGCUCUCUCAUCCAUAUUUUGCCACAUCGACUAGCCUAAGUCAAGCACUCACAGCAUGGCGUACUGCAAGAUAUGCUUGCUAAACAAUGCAAUGAGGGUUGUGAAUCUUGUGGUGAACUUUUGCGGCCUGGCCAUCAUCAUCUACUCACUCUGCCUGCUCAAGGCAUGGAAGCAAGCAGUUGCUGAAUUUGAUGCCGCUGCAUCUACGCUGCCAGCACCAUGGUUUAUUGACACGUUGCUGGGUGUCGGUAUCGUUGUUUGCUUCAGUGCCAUCGUCGGCCAUGUUGUAUCCAACUCACUCGAGCCAAUUUACCUUUCCCUCUAUAUAGUGUUCAUUUUCUUCAUCCUUUUCUCUGAGAUUGUGGUGAUUGUGGCUAUUCUUUUUGAGAUAGACUGGCCAAGGGUGAUCGCUGAACAUUUUGAGGGGAACAUCAAAUUUGUGGACACCUUCUCGUUCCAUGCAUAUAUUUGCCGCCUGGUAGGAGUCAUUAUUCUUCUAGCACAGGUACUUGUGUUGGUGCUAGCAGUAGUUUUAAGGACGAUGGGACCUCGCGCAAGGAAUCAUUGCCAAAGAGCAGUUAUGCAUGAAUUCGGAUACUCAUUUCUUGUGAUGAAUGGAUCCGAAUCACCAGCAACUCUCUCUACAAUUGUGUAGAAGCAUAAUCUCCUCAGGACGAUCUAGUGAUUAAUACAUACAUGAGAUGUUACCAUCACGAGAUAUGAGAUUUGAAUUUUGACAUAGUCAAAAUAAAUACUUCUCUUAUGUGCUAGUCACUAUUCCAAAGGUUAGUAAUCGCUCAUGAUUUACCUUCUCCGUGUUGAGAAAUUGACGAAAAUA